CAGCCGGCUCUGAUGCCAACUUCGUUUCUGGAGCAAUCGCUCUGACGCCAACUUGCCAAGCGGCUCCGUCGAAAACGAACGGAAAAGUGGGGAGGGCAGGUGAAAGGCGAAUCUUUUCUCAUCAUCCGCCGCGGCGAACCCGGAAACGGGCAGAGAGCGGUUAAAAAGCGGGCAAAAAAAGAGGAGACGCUGCACCGCGAGCGGGCGAGCGGCAGACGGACACGCACAGGUAGGCAAAGGCAAGGCAGGUAGGCGAAGGCGAGGCGGAGCGCGAGAGGCGACGCGAGGAGAGGAGAGGAGAGGAGGCGGGCGGGGUGGUGCGGUGGCGGCCAUGGUUAUAAAAAGUAACGGAGCGCGACGCGGGUAGAAACCGGAAGACGGUGGAGGCAGGCCGCGGCUCCCCCUUCUUCCUCAUCGCCCCCCCCCCCCCACCUAGCCCACCCCACGCCGCCGCCGGUGCGGCUUGCUUCCUUCCCCCGUCCGUUGGGCCCCCGCGACACGGCGCGGGCUGUGCGAGCAGGGAGGGAAGACACGCGGCAACCACGUGGGGGAGACACCACCCUAUGCUCUGUCCUCGCCCGCAGGGUAAGCUUGCACCAGCAGUGAUUUUGGGAGCUUGAAGUGCUCAUCUGAGACAUGGAAAAGGUGGUCUACCGAGCAUAUCUCCUUCAAUGCAAUCAGCUCUUUUCAAAAGAAACUCUUGAUUGGUGUGUUUUAGCUCGUGGGAACAUCCAUCUCUCCUCUCUGGUUAACUACACAUAGUGGUUCUAUGCUCCUCUAUGCUUAACAACAGCAGGCUGAUGCGAUCUUUUCCCGAAGUAGAUGUUCGUAUAAGUGGGGGUUAAUAUCUUUGCUGCGUUCAGUUGACAUCUGUUUCUCCCCUAGUUUGUUGACGUUUGCUCUAUUGUGUACAUUUUGAAAUUUUCUACUAUGGUUGCAUCUGGCUUGUUCUGAGUGGAGCAGAAUCCAAGAUACUGAGACAAGAGAUUGCUCAGCUCGAACUUGGCAGACAACCUGUCUGUGUUGGUUUUUUAUAUUUCUCUGGACUUGAUUGUUCUGAAGGGAAGGAAAAGCUUGUACAAGACAGCCGGAAUACCGGAACAAUGGAUAGAUUCAAGUUGAUUAAGGAAGUAGGUGAUGGGACUUUCGGGAGUGUAUGGCGUGCUAUAAAUAAACAGAAUGCUGAAGUUGUUGCGGUUAAGAAAAUGAAGAAAAAGUAUUAUUCUUUUGAGGAGUGUAUGAGUCUGCGUGAAGUAAAGUCUUUGCGGCGCAUGAAUCAUCCUAACAUCGUGAAGCUCAAGGAGGUUAUAAGGGAAAAUGAUAUAUUAUACUUCAUAAUGGAAUACAUGGAGUGUAAUCUCUACCAGCUUAUGAAGGAUAGAGUCAGGCCUUUCUUGGAGUCUGAAGUCCGCAACUGGUGCUUUCAGAUUUUUCAGGCUCUUGCUUACAUGCAUCAGAGGGGCUACUUUCAUCGUGACCUCAAACCUGAGAAUUUGUUGGUUAGCAAAGAUGUCAUAAAGCUAGCAGACUUUGGUCUUGCAAGGGAAGUCUCAUCAGUGCCACCAUACACAGAAUAUGUCUCAACUCGCUGGUAUCGAGCACCUGAAGUGUUGCUCCAGUCAUCUGUUUAUGAUUCUGCAGUUGAUAUGUGGGCAAUGGGUGCCAUAAUGGCUGAGCUGUUGACACUUCAUCCUCUUUUCCCUGGCACGAGUGAAGCGGAUGAGAUUCUCAAGAUAUGCAAUGUUAUCGGUAGUCCAGAUGAGCAAUCGUGGCCCCAAGGAUUGUCUCUUGCAGAAGCAAUGAAGUAUCAGUUCCCACAGAUCAAAGGUAAUCAACUGUCAGAGGUGAUGACAUCAGCUAGUAGCGAGGCGAUCGACCUCAUUUCUUCGUUAUGCUCAUGGGAUCCUUGCAAGAGACCAAAGGCCACAGAAGUCCUCCAGCAUACCUUCUUUCAGGGUUGUACAUACGUUCCACCUCCUGUCCGGUCAAAAGCUGCAGGGCUUCCUAAAACGCCUCCAUGUGUUGGAGCAAAAGGAACUUCAGAAAACAAUGUUGCUCGAAGAUACUCUACUGGAACUCUAUCUACAAUGAAAUCCCAAAGCAACACCUCUGUAAAGUCAAAUGGUUCAUCUAAAACUGGUGUACAAAGAAAACUUCGCAUGGAUCGUCAGGCAUCGCUGAAGAGUACAAGACCAGCUGAGAACAAUAAACUAACUAUGAACAGAGUACCAGCUCGGAAUAGCCCAGGGAAUCCUGUACUGAGGCAUUCAAGCAGUUUGCCUGAAACUGGCCGGGGAGCAAUGCACAAGGUUUCAACCAUUACUGAGAAGCUUUCCCAUAUGUCUGUGACCUCGAGAACACGCAGUACUGUGAAGGCUCCUGCCCCGAGGAUGAAGGCUGGGCAUGGCAAGUCGGACUUCCUCGGGAAGUCUGACGAGAUCCCUCCAGCAAAGAGGUUGACAAGAAAAUUGGUCAGCUAAAUGAGGGUAUGUAUAGCGAAAAUUGGUCACCUGCAGGAGGGUAUAGGGUAUACAGAGCAAAAACCGGUGUGCUGAAGCGGAUAGCGCAGCCGAGCCUUUGCCUGUUGAUGGUUGCGCGGAUUUGUUGUCUCCCUAGUUCUGCUGCAUCCAAGUGACAUGGUAGAAGAGUUGCAAAUUCCUGUAAGUUGGUUAACAAGAGCCUGCUGACCUUCCCCUCUGCUGGGCCGUUGAUCUAUUUUUGCAUCAAGCUUGCCCCCAUGUUUUAACAAACAUGAUUGUGCCAUUAAUUUGGUUUGGUUUGUCACGCAAUGCUAUCUUGCACCAAUCCUGUCACAAAUUGUUUGUUUAUAUGCACAUUAAUAACCUGUAAGUCCUUGAGCCCCUAAGGGUGGAUAUUUGGUUUUGCAUGUACAGUCCACGAGUAUUUGGUGAGGACGUAGUUAACCUGUUGUACUUUA